GUAUGGCGUAUUGUGUCUCGUCCGUGAUCUCGAAGUGACUUUCAUUUAUAACCUGCACCAGUACAGUCUGCCUGGAUAUAAGUGAGGAUGUGUACAACGGGAUUUUUCAGCCAAUCAUGUGUGUCCGAUGUUUAUUCAUCGAGUUUCCUGGAAAUUGGAUUGUGCAUCGACUUCAGAUUUUAAAUGACUGCUAAAACUAGGCUAUUUCUAAUAGUUUCAAAUAUGAUUGUUCAUAUUUGACCACUAUUGGUAUUCCCAUGACAUGCGCAGCUACCCAUUCCCUGAAGUAUUUCUACACAGCGCUCCCACAAUCUACUGGCCUUCCAGAGUUCAGCGCUGUUACUUAUCUGGAUGAGGAACCAAUUUAUUUCUAUGACAGUUCUACAAAGGAAGUGGUAGCUCGACAGGAGUGGGUAAAAGAAGCCGUGGAUCCAGACUUCUGGAGAAGAAAUACACAAAUUCUUAAGGAGACCGAGAAGGUGUUCAAAAACAACAUGGACACUGCUAGAGAUCGCUUCAACCAGACAAGUGCCCAUACAUUGCAGGUAAUGUACAGCUGUGAGUUGGUUGAGGCAACUGGUGCUACAGAGGGACAUGAACAGUAUGGAUAUGGAGGAGAGGAUUUCCUGUUAUUUGAUCUGAAGAAUGAAAGAUGGAUUGCACCUCUUCGGCAGGGACACGUCACCAAAAUAAAGUGGGAUGCUAAUAUUCCUAAACUUAAAGCCAAAAUUCACUAUCUAACCCACACAUGUAUUGAAUGGCUGAACAAAUAUGUUUCCAAUCGGAGACGCAUGCUGCAGAGGACAGCCCCACCGGAGGUAACUUUGCUUCAGAAAGAACCCUCCUCUCCUGUGACCUGCCAUGCAACAGGCUUCUAUCCGAACGCAAUCAUGCUAUUUUGGAGAAGAGAUGGGGUAGAAAUCCAUGAUGAUGUGGUGCAUGAAGAGACCCUGCCUAACGGGGAUGGGACGUAUCAGAAGAGAACCCAUCUCACUGUGUCCCCUGAAGACCUACAGAAGCACGACUACAAAUGCACUGUCAAACACAGCGGCAAUGAUGUGGUUCUGUCUGCUAACAGGGACAGCAUUCGUGGCAACAGCAGGAAUACUCAGGGGGUUUCCAUCAUCAGCAUCACUAUCAUCAACUUGAUAUUGGUCAUAUUGGCCUUCAGUGUGAUUGUGUUUGUCUUAAUGAGAAUGAGGGUCUGCAAAGGAAAAGAACCAACAGCUGGAAAGGAAAAACAGUGUCCAGUAAGUCACCUGGAGAAGAAUGUUCUUCCGCUCAACAAUUCAAAACCUGCUGAAAUGGAGAAAUCAAAAUUGAGCCAUUCAACUGAUACUCUCCAGUGCCCGACUCAAGAUAUGACAGGUUCCGACAGAACGUCCAACAGAAGCAUAACAAUUUCCUCAAGCUCCUAUGACUCUGGAGACUCUACAACUCCUCUUUUCAAGAAUCGUAAGUUGGGAUCUGUUUAACAUCUUAUUUGCUUCUAGGUCGACUGCAGUUGGAGGGCUGUCUUCUUUUGUGAUCUUGGACACCUGAAUUAUCCGUGUAGUUACAAAAUAUAUCAGUGUUUGGAAUUGUUAUUUCAGUAUAUUGGCUACGGUCACGCCUUGGUCUUAGUAUUUUGUGUUUUUAGUUAAUUAGUUGGUCAGGCCAGGGUGUGACAUGGGUUUAUGUUAUUGUGUUGUCGUAUUGUUUUUUUUCUCUGAUGGGGAACCGUAUUUAGGUAGCCUGGGUUUCACUGUGUAUUUCGUGGGUGAUUGUUCCUGUCUCUGUGUAGUGUUCACCAGAUAGGCUGUAAUUAGGUUUCACGUUCCGUUUUGUUGUUAUUUAUUUAUAUCAGUUAUUUCAUGUAUCGCGAUUCAUUCAUUAACUUCUUGAAACUCCCCAUCCCGGAUCCGGGUUUGUGACUAAAGCCUUAGGCUCAUUAGCAUAACGCAACGUUAACGAUUUCUGAAAAUCGCAAAUAAUCAUAUACCUUUUAUAUAUAUUGGAAUCAUAUACCUUUUAAGAGGAGGGAUUACCUUAAUGUAUGUCAAGUAGAGGCACUAUGGGCUCAGGUACAUCUGCCUCACCAGGCACCCAUAUUGGUAGGAUAUGUGUAUAGACCUCCUAGCUCUCAAGGUGUCCUAUCUGGAUGACUUAUGCACUGGGUUUGACCAGGCCACAGAUAGCAACAGAGAUGUAUUUAUCUUGGGAGAUAUUAAUAUAAAUUGGAAGGAUCACAAUAAUUUGAAUAGAACAUAAUUGAUGAGAUAUGCCAAGAAUUGUGGUUUGAAACAAAUGGUUAAUGAUACUACUAGGACAUCAAAUUCCAGCCUUACUGCCCAUAUUGCAAUAGUAAGGGGCACUUCCUUGGCUCAUGCCCCAGGGUAAAAAUGCUCACUCAAACUCAAUUGAAGGCCUGGAUCACUUCAGGCGAGCGAUGCUACAAGUGUGCCCGUAGCCAUAAGGUGGAGACCUGCACAUUGAGGAAACCCUGCAACCGCUGUAAAGAAAUCCAUCUCACCGUUUUGCAUGAUCUAAUUCCCCAAGCACAGAAGGAGCAGAGUAUGCUCAUGGUAGGAGCUGCAAAGGAGCUGUACCUCGACCAGCAGAACCGGUCUCCAAAGGUCAUGUUGAAGGUGGUCAAGGUCACUGCAAAGUGAAGGGAGAAGCAUUGAUACAUUCGCCGUUCUAGAUGAUGGGUCAGAAAGAACAAUCAUUCUCACGGCGGCCACCUGUCAGCUUAACCUGGAGGGGACCCCCGAGACCCUUAAUCUCAGAACGGUGCGACAUGAUGUUAUCCAAAUGAAAGGCUCUGCUGUAACCUUUAGCAUUUAACCUUCAGGAAACGGAUGUGGCCUAUAACGUCACCAAUGUCUUCACGGCAGAUGGCUUGAAACUUGCAGAGCACUCCUGCCCGGUAAGUGUUCUACAGAAACAAUAUCCUCAUCUACGAGGCUUGCCUCUUCCUAACCUGGUCAGAGUAGCACCACUUAUCCUGAUUGGGUCAGACCACCCACAUCUCAUCACCCACAUCUCAUCACCCCGACUGAGCCUAUAUGAGGGCCCAUUGCUGUCCAUACAUCCUUGGGUUGGGCUGUGCAAGGUCCAUCCCAUCUACUUCUCUCCACCCAAGCUGUACAGUCACAGCAAGUCCUCUUCACCAGAAGCAAUCCAGAUCCAUUCCCCUGUGCAGCCACUGACCUUCGGAAUGUUGAGAUGCUCUGGAAGAUGGACACCUUCUCCAGCCAGAAGCUACAGGAGGUCACUCGCUCGAAACAUGACUCCUUAUGCAUUAGACCUCCUGGAGAAGAGCACCACCACCACCGAAAUGGAUGGUGUUCGCAGGUAUGCAACCCCACUGCUACGGGUGCCCAACCAUCCUCUGGCAACCACGACACGGGCUGUACUCCCACUACUGCGUGGAACGGGGUGACGCCUGGUGAAGAAUCCUGAGCUUGCAGAAGUUCAUAACCGAGAGAUUCAUAACCUUGUGAAGGCAGGCUACUUCACUGAAGAGUGAAAUGAGAAACGUCAUUGUUUGCUAACUGAUUGACUUUGAUAAUGGGAAUUUGUUGGAAGAAAUUAUAGUUGAAAUGAUUAAUUAUGUAUACAUUUAAAUUAGAACCAUUUAUUUUAAUACUAUUAUGUUAUGGUAUGAAAUGUAGGGGUUCUUGGUUAUACUAGGACUGAAAAUGUAAGUAAAACAAAUUAAUUGUCUGUACCUUGCGGGUUUAAGGGAGAGGGAGGGCAUAUCUCUUUAGACAGAUAAAAAUGUUUGUUUGAUGUUCCAUUAGUGGAGAAGAAUAUAUAUUUUAGACAGAUUGGAAUGUUUGUUUUAUGAGGGGAGUAGAAGACAAUCUCCAGACCUGAUGACACUGCGCUAUUGUGUGGAUCGGAGAGUGUGAGAAACUGAUGACGUCAUUUUAUGUUCUCUCUUUAAAAUGUAAUGUUCUUUGCAUUUUGAGGGAGUACUCUCUUGAAUUAAACGCUGUUACCUGA